UUGGAACUUGGGUCAAAGCACAACAACAAUAAAAGCCAUGCCUGCAUCGCUGCGCGUCUUCAUAAACCUACCACCAUGAGCAGAAGCACUCCAGAGUCGCUGAACGCGUCCGCCUCCAGCGUUGUAGCCGAAAUGCCGAAAGGACAUUCCUAUAUGGCCCGUCUCAGCAAGAAAGCACCCACCCUGCAGGACAUCUCCAUGCAGCUGUUCGCCCUGUCCUACAAUGUCUCUAAACUGUUAGAUAUGCCACCCGAAGGAAUCGACGAAGACUCGGAAGUGUGGAAGUUUUUGGACGAAGUGUUGGAGUGCUUGCCGAAAAGCUUGAAGGAGAAUGAUAUUAUUGACUCGAGACUCGCACUCUACCGGGUAUUAUCCCUGACAGAACGCGAGCGACCGAUAUCGCUGACGGAACACGUCAAUCCUGGAGCCGACCUACCUCCACCGCUCAGCCUGGAAGGCAAAGACGAGGAAGGCAAUAUCCACGCAUUGGAGAUUCCAAUCGAGGCUGUCGUCGACGGAAACAGCUACAUUGGCGACAAGCCUUUCGAGCUCCAACACAACGCUAUGGCCUUUUCGAGGGAGGUCGAAUACAUCGUCGAGUUUGUCCCGGAUGAGGUUCCAGAAGACGUCAACGCUGAGGAGUGGAACGGUAUAGAGCUAGAACCGGACACAGAGGUGCAAAUACCGUCAUUGCAGAAGAACGAAUCCGGACGCAAAAAAAGGAAGGGCAAAGGAAAAGGAAAAGCGAAGGCCGUUGAAGAGCAGUCGGGGAGCAACACGACACGGCAUCGCACUUCCGCUGUUCCUCAAGAGCGCGCCAUUGCUCCAGACUCCAAACCAGCCGAGCCGUCCAUCUCAAAAGCAGGGAAACGGAAGCGCAAAGCGCAGAGCACUGAUACUGACACAAAGCUUGCGCCGAUCGAGACACGCUCUAGAAAGCGAGCAAGGCGAUAA